AUGUCUAAGCUCCAUGCCGACGCCCCUCAACUGAUAUACCGGUCGCUCCCGAUCCUGGUCAGCUACAUCACGCUCGCCGCGGCCCUGGCUCUCAAUGCCUGCCGAGCUAUCUACAAGCGAUACCAAGCACGACAAAAGGCAAAUGACUGGGCAUCUCCCGCAAGGCGCACACACUUCUUCAUAUUCGCGGCUCUGGCGGUCCUGAGUCUCGGAGCAACGUGGUUCUACAUGUUUGCGUUCUUCGCACAUUCAUACCGCAAUUGGGAAGAGACCCGCAGCGUUCUUGAUCUACAGGGCGCCGAGGUAUCCAUUUCCUUCAAAUUGGAACUAUGGCUGCAAAAAGCGAAGUUGUUCCGAGAGGCCUGGGAAACCGUCAUCGAGACCCCCGCGCGAUUCUGGUGGAGCGGCCAGAUCUUCCUGUGGACGACGGGAUGGAGUGUUUUUCUGGGUAUCAUGGCUCGGAGAUAUCGUAUCGCGCAUGUGUGGGCCUACAUGCUGCUGGGUCAGAUCGUUGCCAUCUCUUUCGCCCAGAACUUGUUUUUUGCGACCAUCCUUGUCUCCAGGCAACCAACUUCAGCAGAAAAAGAGGAAGGUGAUGAGCUUAGCAAGGAAUUUUCGUGGUCGCCGCCCUUGUACAGUGAACUCCUACCUGUUGCCAGCUCCCUACUGAGCACGGUCGCGGUCCCAAUGGUCGCACAUACCAAAUAUUUCAUGGCCCUUUUGCUCAUUCCACAUCUCCUGCUCUUUGUCCCUGCGGUUCUACGUCCGAGUCGCUCUGAAAAGGACCAAGCCGCUACUAAGGCUCGCAGCAGAGCCCAUGAUGCAGAUAAUACCACUCGGCGAUACAUUGUCUUCUUCCAGUUGCUCAUUGCAGCUUGCGUUUUUUUGCAGGCCCACUCCACACUUCAGGUCUUGGAGCACUCAGGAACGAGAGAUUUUGGCACACUGACCCGAACUUUGCUCGCCGCAAUAUACGAGCAUCCGGCCGUGAGUAGCGUCAGCUGGGAUGUGAUCUAUUGUACGGUGACAGCGAUGGCUUGGUUCUCUGUGAACGGAGGCGAUCCGAACCGAAUGCUGGGUGAAUAG